AUGACAGAAGCUGUGGCCCCAAAGCCACCAUUCGCUAAUAGUGAACAAUCAGCCAAACGAAGUAAGGAUAUUAUUCAAAUGAAGGACCAAGAUGAUAAGUCUGAAAAAUCAAGGCUUAAGAUACUGAAGCGUACUGAUUAUCUAAGUGAUUUAGAUGGACUUCUUGUGAACUCUAAAAAUUUCAAUAAACUCUUCAUACAAAGAACAAGUGAGGAGUGGAUUAAGACUCAAGUUGAAAAAAUUGUUGAGAGCCGCAUUCAUUUGUCAAAAUUUAUUGAAGUUCUGACAAAUUUCAUUGUAUCAGAAAAUCAUCAUCCGCAUGUAGUUCAACAAGUACUUGUUUGGUUAAAUUAUUUCACUGAAAAUCAUUCUACUUCAUUGCAAACACCAGAAAUUCAACAGUCACUGAGAAAUUUAUGUUCAUAUUGCUAUGAAACGUGUACACUGGCAAAAAUGUACUUAGAAGCUGCUAAUCGUGGUAAUGCUGUUGAAAAUUGGUCAAAUGCUCAAAAAUGUAAUAGUUAUCUUCCCCGCAGAUUUUAUUAUACAAUUCUACCAAAAACCAGUUUUGUAUAUAUUGACGAUGAAAAUAUUGUUAAAAAACGAAAAGUUCCACCAGUCAAACGCAACUCAAUUGAUAUUAAAGAUGAUUUCACUAUCCCAGAUAAUGACCAUAAUGAUGAGCUAAUGGACUUAGAUUCAGUAUCUUCUGUGAUAGAAAAUGAAUCAGAAUAUGAACAAGAAUCCUUGUAUGAAUCACUUGGAGAGUCUGAUGGUGGUGUAUUUGAUGUAAAUGAACCAUUGUCAUCUGAUGCUGAACAACAACAACAACAGCGAUUUCCUUUUGUCCCAGAGGAUGAAUGGGGAGAGCAGGAUCAAGCCGAUUUAUUUGAAGCUGAAAGUGAUUCAGAUGAUUUUCAAUAUCCUGAUGUUGAUAAUGAUUGUCCUGAUAAUAUUUCUGUGUCAAGUACAGCAUCCUCUACAUAUUCAAAACAAUCAGUUAGCCUCUUUCCAGAUGUUACUGUCGACGUAGAGUGUACUUCAGCUCGUCAAGAUGAUUCCAAUGAUGAGAAAGAAGGAAAAGAGGAUCCCAGUAAGUCGAUGAUGAGUAGUGACAGUGAGUCAACAAAUGAGAAUUCGAAAACAAAGAAAAGAUCUAAGAAAAAACCACUGCGUAAAUCCAACAAAUUAGAAUUGGUCUCAAAUGAAUCGCCUGACAAUCGUCGAAAAAGUCUUCGAUCAAGUUCCAAAAAGACUACACCUAAAAAGUGA